CGCGUCCCGUCCAGUCCCCAGGAGCGCCAUGGCGGAGCUGGUCCCCCUGGCCGAGGAGCUGUCGUGCUCCAUCUGCCUGGAGCCUUUCAAGGAGCCGGUCACCACGCCCUGCGGCCACAACUUCUGCGGCUUGUGCCUGGACGAGACGUGGGCCGUCCAGGGCUCGCCGUAUCUGUGCCCGCAGUGCCGCGCCAGCUACCACGCGCGACCGCAGCUGCGCAAGAACACCGUGCUGUGCGCGGUGGUGGAGCAGUUCCUGCAGGCCGAGGAGGCCCGGGCGACGCCCCCGCCCCCCGACGACUGGAAGCUGCCCACCCGCGCCGCCGCGCCCAGCCCGGCGGGCCCGGUGGCCUGCGACCACUGCCUGAAGGAGGUCGCCGUCAAGACGUGCCUGGUGUGCAUGGCCUCCUUCUGCCGGGAGCACCUGCAGCCGCACCUGGACAGCCCCGCCUUCCGGGACCACCAGCUGCAGCCCCCAGUCCAGGACCUGAUGCGUCGCAAGUGCCCCCGGCACAACCGGCUGCGGGAAUUAUUCUGCCCCCAGCACGACGAGUGCAUCUGCCACAUCUGCCUAGUGGAGCACAAGGCCUGCUCGCCUGUGCCCCUGAGCCAGGCCAGCGCCGACCUGGAGACCAAGCUGAAGCAUAAGCUGACCGUCAUCUACAGUCAGAUCAACGGGGCCUCGAGGGCUCUGGAGGACGUGAGAGCCCGGCAGCACGAUGUGCGGGAGGCUACGAAUCGGAGGAUGGAGCAGCUGAGACAGGAGUACAUGGAAAUCAAGGCGCUCAUCGACGCUGCAGAGGCCACCUCCACUCGGAAGAUAAAGGAGGAGGAGAAGAGAGUCAAUACCAAGUUUGACAACAUCUACCAGAUCCUUCUCAAGAAGAGGAGUGAGAUCCAGAAUCUGAAGGAGGCGGUUGAACUUGUCCUGACCAAGGGGGACGAGUUCGAGUUUCUGGAGAAAGGGCUAAAGCUGCAAGGAGUGUCCACAAAGCCGGUCUACGUCCCCAAAGUGGAGCUAAAUCAGGAGCUGAUAAGGGGCGUCUGUCAGGGCACCUCAGACCUCAAAGACGAGCUGAAGCGGUCUAUCAGGCAGUCCCAGGACAAGAAGCCCGAGGAGCCCACCAGCUCAGGGAACCCUGGAGAGCAUGGCCCAGCACCCACGCACAAACCCACCCACUCUGCGAAAAAGGCCCCUAAAGAAGAAAAGAAACCCAAGAAACCUCCCCCCGCCUCAGCCUUCAAGAUGCCCACCUUUGGAGCCUCGGCCACCAAGAUGCCCACCUUCGGAGCCCAGGGAGAGUUCGUGGAUCCGGAGGGUAUAGGCAAAGCCCCCACUGCACAGCCCAACGCGGCGGCCGUCAAGGCCAAGGUGCUGGAGACCUUCUUAGCCAAGUCCAGGCCUGAGCUCCUGGAGUAUGCGGUUAAAUUCAGCCUGGACUACAACACGGCCCACAACAAGGUGGCGCUGUCGGAGAACUACACGGUCGCCUCUGUGGCUGAAUCACCCCUGAACUACCAGCCGCAUCCCAAGAGGUUCAUGUACUGCUCUCAGGUGCUGGGCCUGCACUGCUACAAGAAAGGGAUCCACUACUGGGAGGUGGAGCUGCAGAAGAACAACUUCUGCGGGGUGGGCGUCUGCUACGGCAGCAUGCCGCGCCAGGGUCCCGAGAGCCGGCUGGGCCGCAACAGCGCCUCGUGGUGCGUGGAGUGGUUCAACACCAAGAUCUCUGCGUGGCACAACAACGUGGAGAAAACGCUGCCCUCCACCAAGGCCACGCGGGUCGGCGUGCUGCUCAACUGUGACCAUGGCUUUGUCAUCUUCUUUGCCGUCUCCGACAAGGUCCACCUGAUGUAUAAGUUCAAAGUGGACUUCACGGAAGCGCUGUACCCGGCCUUCUGGGUGUUCUCUGCUGGUGCCAUGCUCUCCAUCUGCUCCUACAAGGAGUCUGCAGCCGCUGCGUGCUCUUCCCCAGGUGAUGUGGCGUGAGCUCCUUUGCUGCCUGGAAAAGCCUUCGGAUCUUAGUGUUUUGAUUACUUCCAUAGGGCUAUUCAACUCAAUAGAUUUUUUUAAAAAUUCCAAAAUAACUGAAUUUCAAUAUUAUUCAUCCUUCCCCCCCUAACGUGGGGGGAUUCGGGUAUUUUAUGUCUACCCAUGGCAGAUCUCCACCCAGAUCAGAGUUUCUGGAAGGUGUGUGUCCUCUCCCCCCACUUGAGAAGAGCCCUGCUCCCCUUCCUCUUCUCCUACCUCACACACCCCAUCGAUGGUUUUCAGAUGUUCAAUGCAACAGGAAACUUUCCAGGCUAAGGUUUCGAACCAUGAUCUGAAUCAGCCUCUGUGGAAUUUGUGAUUCAAGGUCAAGGUGACCCAGGUCCCAUGGAUGGAAACCCCUCCCGUUUCCCACUCUCGGCAGACAUUCUUUGACUGUACCCAGAGCUUGGGGGAGGCCUUCUUCCUGUAGCUUAGGCUUUGGGGCAAGGAACUCCAUGGGGCAAGAGUGACCCUGCUCUGGGUUGACAGAGUGUGGUGGUUUUGUUCCUACUAGAGUGUCGUCUUGCCCUCCUACGGCUGACUGGACUCCGUGACAGCCUUUCCUCCCCAGGACUGAGAUCCUGGAUUGGCUGGUGGAGAGACCACGGUGGCCAGCACAGGACAGCUAGGCUUUCUCUCCAUAGCCUGUAGUCACAUGGGCAGGUCUUGCGGGGCUGCCUCCGGGACCACACUAGCUCACCUGCUGGGGUGACUACCUGUGGCCCACAGCCUUUCUGGCAGAUCCCUGGGAAGCAGGAGCAUUCCUGUUUAUCCCCGGCCACAGGCUGUACACCCGGGGCUGGCCCUCAUGGCAGUCAGAAAUCUGUCACUCGCUCUAGCCCCUGCUCUUUGCCUCCUUUGAGCUAAUUCCAGAUAUUGGGCUUGACCAGGCUAGGGGGCCCAGAGACUUUAAGGGCCAGGGAGAGAAUGCCCCACGGGGCUCAAGCACAAGGGGCUAAUUUUCCUGCAGCAUUUCUGUGCAGUGAAAAUAACCCCAGUUUGCAAAGGAGAAGGAGGGAAUGGACCGCCAGAAUUUCCCGAGCUCCUUAUAUCCUGAUGGGAUGUAAAUUCCCAAUCCAAUGUAGGAGGAAUUUAGCCUCCCAUUGGUGAAAUGAAGCCUGUUCUGGACACUCCUAAGGUGGGGAGGGGGCUCAGAUCAGGCUCUUGGUGUUAGACAGAGGUCAUUAUUGGGGAUGUGGGGACCCCAGACCUCUUCUAUGAAUAUAUGAGAAUUUAACACAUCUCUGGCCUUGUGCUGGAAUUCCGGGGCACUCCAGUCAGGCCCGGAGCCCUGGAAAUUCCCGACAGGUGUGAAAGGACUUCCACUUCCUUGGGAGGGAGAUCCUCCUUGUAGGGAAGAGAUCCCUACAGUAGGGAAGAUCCUCCUUGUAGGAAAGGGAUCCCUACAGUAGCCAAGAUGUGUGUUUUGUUUUUUUUUUUUAAGUUUUCCUCCUCUGAUCCUGGGAAGAAGAGUUCUUUGGUGAUUCUUCUCUGCUGUUGGCCCAGGUCAAAAGCAUCUUCAUUGAUGUGAAACAAAAGCCUGGUCUGAAGCCAGUUCCUACCUGGGAGACAGCUGGGCUGAGAGGAGGGGAGCGCGGCAGCGGAGCGGGGGUCCUGCCCUGGCUGUCCGCUGCAGAUCCUAGCUCGGGAAGCGAGCUCCCCUCUCUGUGUGAGGGGCAAGCAGGUAACCCAAGCUGGGCUCUGGGCAAGGUGCUCUGGAGAGGCAAACCCUUGCUGUCUUGAGCCAUUCUGUGUGCAGCGGUGACACUUAAUGUUCCCUUGCCACUGCCCCACCCAGAUUCCUCAAGGUCAGGCCAACUUUGUGUUCGUCUGACUGUCUCGUUUUGCAAAAUAAAUCAGAGGAGAUGGUAUUGGGUCGCUCACUACUCUGGCCAUCCCAUCCUGGAGGGGGUGCCUCCUAGACGCCCCCUGGUGCCCUGGGGAGGAGUCAGAAAUCCCUAGAAACACUAACAAAACGACUGCCCCAGAGGAGGGUGUCAGGGACUGACUCACUCACUCUGGCGUGAGCAGGUCCCGGUCAGCUUUUUGUAUGAUCCAGGACUGGCCGGUGCCUCUGUUUCAUUCCUCUGAAAUGGAUCUGUGAUCUCCAACUGAUACUGGGACAUCAUCUCUUUAUUCUUCCUCCCCCACUGUUGAUUUUAGUGAGUUCGGAAUAUUUGAGCUAUUAUUUCAUGAGCUGUUUUGUUUAAGGAGCUAAUUCUUCAAGAGAUAGUUGGGGCUGUAGACACAGAUCUUUUUAAACCCACGAGAACUACUAGGGCGGAGGCUGGUUGACCUGCCUUGGAAUCUGUGAAUAUCACAAAGCAGUGUCUGGUGCUCCUUUCUGCAGCCCAGAUGUUGUGUGAGUGUCUGCACACGCGGAAACGUACAGCAGGUCUGAGCAUUGCGAAUUCUCGUGAAUUCCUUUCCCUUUCACUUUUCCUUUCCCUUUCCCUUUCCCUUUCCUUUUCCCUCCCUCUCUCCCUCCCUCUCUCUCUUUCUUUUCUUUAAGUUUUCAUGAAUUCUUGAGCCCGAGGGAAGUUCUCUGCCAUAGACUGGACGUUUGUGUUGCCUCAAAAAUCAUAUGUUGAAGCCUAACCCCCAAUGCGAUGGAAAGGGGUGGGGGAUUAGUUCAUGAAGGCAGAGCCCUCAUGAAUGAGAUUAGUGCCCCUAUAAAGAGACACCCGUAGAGCUCCCUCGCUCGCCCCUUCGGCCUUGUUGGGGACCUAACAGGAAGGCAGCUGCCUGAAGUCCUCACCAGACUUGGAAUGAACCAGCGCGGGAUCUUGGCUGGAUCUUCCAGCCUUCAGAAUUGUGAGAGGGGCGCCGGGGUGGCUCAGUGGGUUAAAGCCUCUGCCUUCGGCUCAGGUCAUGAUCCCAGGGUCUUGGGAUC